AUGAAUCUCAACUCAAGACCUGAACACUGGUUUCGACUCAAGACAUGGAUUGAAAGACUCUUGAGCAAAGAAAGAGUCGAAUGGAUGGACAAACUGUUGGAAAUGCAAAGGAAUGCAGUUUUCGUCGAUUCAAACAUAAUUACAUCCGAUUUCCAGAAGUUCCCAAUCGAUCGCAAUGUCUUCGCAGCCAUCAGUCCAUACUUUAAGGCUUUGUAUUCAAACUCUCUUUACGCAGAAAAUCAGAGCCGAGAAGUGUUUUUGCCGGACAUCUCGUCAGUGAUUAUGAAAAUAAUCAUUGAUUUUGUAUAUACGGGACAACUCGUAGGCAUCGAUGACAUGAACAUUGAGGCAGUCAUUCAAGCGCUUAAUAGACUCCAAAUCACUGGAGCUCUCGAUUACUGCUAUGAGUAUUGGAUCAAAACUUUGGACACAAAGAAUUGCAUAAGGAUUCAUCAAAUGUCGCGAAUGUAUUACGCGAUUGAAGUGAUGGAGAAGUCAAAGGAAUUCAUUCUCUAUAACUUCACUUCAGUUGUGACCGAAUGUCAGGAUUUCUUUUCUCUGAGUAAAGACGAGUUUUCGGAGCUCUUGAGUGACGAUCGACUGAAUGUGAGUCGAGAAGAGUUCGCUUACUCUGCGCUCAUCUCUUGGAUAUCAGCUAACGAUCAAAGAGUACAACACUUUCACAAAUUACUAAAACUCAUUCGUUUCGGUAAUUCUUCGUUGAAAUUUGUUGAGACGACUGUCAAAGAGAAUGCUUUAGUGAAGCAAAAUCCAGAGCUCAACGAAUACAUGAAUACAGUGUUCAAUGUUCUCAAUGACAUUCAUUUACAUCCAUUGCCCUCAAAGUUCAACAUCCGUUUGCAUCCAUUCCUGAGACCCAGAAUCCCAAGAGAUAUAGUGUUUGUCUUCGGAGGUUGGAGUGCUUCCAAUGCCACCAAUACUAUAGAGACUUAUGACUGUCGGGUAAAUAAGUGGUAUUCAAUGGACGGCCAGAGCUUAGUUCUCGCGCCCUAUCGUUCAUACCAUGGAUUGGUUUCAUUUAAUGGUAUCGUUUAUAUCAUCGGAGGGUUUGACGGACGACAACAUUUCAAUUCUGUGUUCGCUUUCAAUCCAACGACAAAGUUGUGGACAGAAAAGGGUUGUAUGCACUCAAACAGGUGUUACGUAAGUGUUGCCGUUUGCGAGGGAUUCAUAUAUGCAAUGGGAGGAUUCGAUGGAACGGUUAGAACCAGUUCUGCAGAAAAAUAUGAUGUGAAGACAAAUCAAUGGAAAUUUAUCGCUCAUAUGAAUCACCAAAGAAGUGAUGCGUCCGCGACUUCAAUGGCCGGAAAGGUUUACAUCGCCGGCGGUUUCAACGGCAAUGAAGUCCUAAAUAGCGCCGAAGUUUAUGAUCCUUUGACUAAUCAGUGGUCAUUCAUAACACAAAUGAUUCGUCCGCGAAGUGGUGUCCAAUUGAUUAGCUUUAAUGACCAGUUCUUAUAUGCAAUCGGAGGUAACGAUGGAAUCACAAGACAGACUAGUCUUGAGAAAUAUGACCCAAAAAGCAGGAAUUGGGAACUUAUGGCUGAUAUGACAACUCCGAGGUCUAACUUCGCGACCGCUGUCCUCGAGAAUCUCAUUUAUGUGAUCGGAGGCUUCAAUGGAACGACAACUAUAGCCGAAGUGGAGUCCUAUAAUCCUGGAACGACAACUAUAGCCGAAGUGGAGUCCUAUAAUCCUGUGACCAACAGUUGGCAGGAAAUGUGGCGAAUGUCUCAACACAAGAGUGCCUUAAGUGCAUGUGUUGUGAGCCAACUGUCCAAUAGUCGACACUAUACUUGGCUCCGACGGGAACUCAUCGACAACUCCUCUCAACACGAGUUAACUCGAUCUCAAUCUUCUCAAAGAAGUCAAAUCAAUACGAAUCCCACUCUUUAG